CUCAGAUCAUGAGGAUUGUGGCCACAGGCUUCGUCUGGUUUUGUCAUUUGGUUUUAAAAACACACAAGACCAACUAUACUCACUCACUCACUCACUCGCAUUCUCCCACACAACCAUCACAACCACAGCAGGAUGGUGGUUCGAGGAGGACACUGUAGCAAGAAGCCAAAGGCGCUCACUCACUCUCACUCAGUCCAUCACUAGAAUAGAAGAGGCCAAUCACUAGAUCCUCUCUGGUGAGUUCUUUACAUAGUACCGCCUACCUGGCUGUAAAGUGUGAAACUGGCCGGAGUCGGUAACCCGGCUUCGGAACUUACCUCCUCGGAAAUUCCACCUGCCCUGGGCCAGAGUAUCCUGAAUACGCUCGUGAGGAAGAGAGCGAGAGAGGGAGAGAGACUCACGCACACACACGCACUCACUCACUCUCUCUCUCUCACACACACACGAACAAGCUUGCUGUCGGAGAGGGAGUUUACCCGAGCGGGGCGGCUCUGGAGGAAUGUUCACGCAUCAAGCUUCGUCGAUCUGCGUAGCUGUGACCCCGGGCUAGUUUUCCGCUUCCGGAUUAGUAUUCAACAUUUCCAAUAUACUGUCGAUUCUACUUUAAUCAACUCUUGGAUAUCCAUCUGCUUGCCAUUUUCUUCUCCUGCUGCAUUCUCAUUGGGGAAUCUGCUCUAUCUCUGGAAUCUCCAGGCUGUUUCCUGUUUGAAGCGUCACUCUGAUUGAAAGCUCAGGAGGAAACCUUCAUGGUAUCAAGGGUUUAUUCCCUCCUUUAGGAUGACCAAAUCACAAGUUCUUGAACGCAACGCUCCUAUUGUUCUUCCUGUUAAAACAUAUGUGGUAAUGAAGAAUAUCAGACUUGAAUCCAUCAUCCUACCUAUAGAAACGUUGAUGUAGGUUCGCUAUUUCUCCAUAGUUGUAGAUUGCGGUGCGAAAGGACAAUGAUUCAGUGCAACCAAGAGAUUUUUUUCGCUUUACAAAACUUCAGCAAUUGCAGGUGUGCGAGGAAGAUACAUGAAAUUGUAGGUAACUUAUAGGUAUAGACAUAGUCAAGGUAGAUGCCUAGCUCGUCUAGAUAGUGUAAGCUAAUGAGCACGGGUGAGAAGGAAAAUUUAAUUAUGGGGAUUAAUUCUGAAGAGAGAAAGCUCUGAAUGUUGCAAGGUCGAUCUUAAACUUGGAGCCGUUUUGAACCACGACUGAGCAAUCAAGUAAUGGGUGAGAUUGCCUUAAGUGGGCAGCGGUUUAGGCGUAUCCCACAUCCUUACUCUGGGCAGUCGGCAGACGUUGAGAGUUUGCUAAGUGACAAUGUGGAGCCAUGGCCACAUCUCACGGAGCUGCUUCAAAACUACACCGCAGAUUGGGUGAAGGAUGAAAGCAAGUAUGGACACUAUGAAAGCGUGCCAACCCCUGUAUUUGAAAACCAGAUAUUUGAAGGACCUGACACAGAUGUAGAGACAGAGCUGCGCCUUUCAAAUAUUAGACUUGGAAGAUAUGGAGAUGCCACAGACGAUGAAGACCCAACGACGUCAGGUAGAUACUCUGGAGGAUUGUUUUCCGGCCGAUUUUCUGGGAGGUCAACAGGAAGUGAUGCUCCAGAUUCAACCGUUACCAAAGCAUCGAAGCACUACGGUGGGGCUCCGCUACUCCCAUAUGAGCCCGUUUUUAAUUGGCUAGCAGCGAGGGCAUCUGUAUACGGGCAAAGGACACCAGAGAUUCCGACAGCACUAUCAUCGAGUGGUGGGCUGAAGAUUUCUGUGAAGAUCGCAUCUCUCAAUUUUCAGGCUGGUCUUGUUGAGCCCUGGUAUGGUACAAUAUGUCUUUAUCACCGGGAGAAGCGAGAAAAGCUAUCAGAGGAUUUCCACUUUCGAUGCUUACCACCAGAGUUUCAAGAUGAGGCUAGUAAUUACCCAAGAAAAGCCGUUUUCUCACUUGAAGCGCCAUCACCAGCGAUCUGCUUGCUGGUGCAGCUUGAGAAGCAUGUUACAGAAGAGGGGGGCAUCACUCCUUCUAUCUACACGCGUAAAGAACCUAUUUUUAUCCCGUGUGGAUCUUCUCCAUUGUUUCUGUACAUUGAAAGAGAUAAGCAAAAACUGCAAGUAUGGGCAAAGAUGAUACCAUUUCGCGAACCAUUCGCUUGGUCAAUCCUUCCUCUAUUCGACGCAAUUGUAACUGGAGGUGUAGGAGGCUUUUCGUCUCCAACGAACAGCCCUUUGCCUCCAGGCGUUUUAGGAUCUGCUCUUAUGGAAACAUCCUUGGAUUCAGAUGGUAGGCUGAUUGCCGACUCAAAGCCUGAAUCUGUCAGUGUUCCAGUACUGGUUGACGUGCCAACCCUUCAUCGUGUAAAAGAAAAUUAUACAGAGGAGAUGCUUCUGGUCGAACAUCCCAGCGGCCAAUCAAGUAUGCUUUCAUUUCAGGAGCCAAAGCGUAAAGUGCAGAAGCCAGUGAAAGCAACUCUAAGGCUUGAAAUUGAGAGGCUGGGCAGUGAUGAUCAUGAAACGGACUGCAUCUCUGAGUGCGGCAGUUUCAAUAAUUACUCUUUUGAUGCUGAUUCUCAUUCUCUAGGAGCAUCAUUCUCAGGGCGUUCUGCUCAAGGCCUAGAAUCCACGAAGACGUUUCACAAUGGACACCAGAAAAGUAACUCUGGACAUCGUGACCUACAAGCAGGCAUUGGAAGUAGUCUUGAUUUGCGACGAUCAGAGUUUCGUGCCGUUGAAUUUCGACUGGGUCCGAAACCUGAGCCAUUAUCUCAGCUAUUGCAUCUCCUCUAUGUGUAUCCUCAAUCUGUUACGCUUAACCGAAAGCGGAAUCUUUUUAUUCGGCUGGAGCUUAGGGUGGAUGAUGGUGAUAUUCGGAAGCCACCCCUUGAGGCUCUUUACCCUAGGGAUGCAGACAGCUCAAUGCAGAAGUACGUACACACUCAAAUUGAUGCUAAUACAAAGACGCCUCAUUUUCAUGACGAAUUCAAAGUCCAACUUCCUACCAAUCUGUCCCCGGACCACCACCUCCUUUUCACUUUCUUCCAUGUGGAACUUCAGACGAAACUAGAAGCACCAAAACCAGUCGUUGUAGGAUACGCGGUUCUUCCGCUCUUAUUCGCUUCUCAAGUUAUCCGGUUGGACGGUACCCUGCCUAUUGCGAAGGAGUUGUACCCAAACUAUUUAAAAGAUAAUGUGAAGGAUCGAUUGGAAUAUCUUGAUGAUGGCAAAACAGUCUUUAAAUUACGGUCCCGUCUGUGCUCGUCUCUUUAUCCUGUGAAUGAAAGGAUUAGGGAUUUUUUCUCUGAAUAUGACCGUCAUAUUUUGCGGACAAGUCCAUGGGGAAAUGAACUCAUGGAGAAUCUGCAGGCAGUUAAUGCAUUGAAGAAUGUCGAAGCAUCUGCUAUGCUUCAGUUUCUUCAACCAUGUCUGAAUAUGCUGCUUCGCAUGAUUGGUGAUGGAGGAGAAACGUUGCAGGUUGCUGCAUUUCGAUCAAUGGUUAAUAUAAUCACAAGGGUACAAGGAGAAACAUCAGAUGGAGACGAACGCAACCGAUAUCUUGUCCAGUAUUUGGACUACGCAUUUGACGAUUUUGGUGGACGCCAUGAUCCUGUGUAUCCUGGUCUCUGCAGUGUUUGGCGUAGUCUUGCUCGCAGCAAGGCAAAAGGCUACAGAGUUGGACCUGUGUAUGAUGACGUGCUGUCAAUGGCUUGGUUCUUCCUUGAGUUGAUUGUGAAGUCCAUGGCACUUGAGCAAUCUCGUACUUACAGUGAAACUCUGCCUCCAGGUGAAGAGUUGCCACCAUUACAGCUCAAUGAUGAGGUCUUUAAAAGCAUUGGGCAGCUUUAUGAUUGUCUGUUGACGGAGGUUCAGGAGAGAGGAAAGAAGGGGUUGACUCUAGCCAACAAACUCAACAGUAGUUUGGGUUUCUUUUGUUUCGAUCUUCUCUCUGUUAUUGAACCACGGCAAGUCUUUGAAUUGGUUGCGCUUUACUUCAGCAAAUUUUGUGGAGUUUGUGAAACAACAAUUCAUGAGUACAAGCUCAAUUUUCUUAGUAUCAUCUGUGAUCACGAUUUAUUUGUUGAAAUGCCUGGCAGAGAUCCUACCGAGAGGAAUUAUUUGGCAUCGAUGUUGAUGCAGGAGCUCUUCAUCACUUGGGACCAUGAGGAUCCAGCUUUAAAGGCCAAGGCAUGCCGAAUACUUGUACAACUCCUUUGCAAGCAUGAGUACGACCUACGGUAUCAAUCACUCGAUGACAAGUUGUAUAUUGCUCAACGUUACUUCCCUUUAGUUGGUCUGAUUUUGGAUGAGAUGCCAGUAUUUUAUGCCUUGAGCUCCUCAGAGAAGCGUGAAAUCCUGGUGUGUGUGCUCCAUAUUUUGCGCUAUUUGGAUGAUGGCUCUCUUGUAAAGUCCUGGCAGCAAAAUAUUGCUCGAACAAGGCUGUUUUUUAAGCUGCUGGAAGAAUGCCAAGAACUGUUUGAGUACAAAAAAGCAGGAGCUGAUGGCUUGAUGGGUGCAAUGCCUGUAAAUGAGCAAGGAAAAGGGACUCUUUGUUAUUCUGAGAAGCUUUCCCCUGCAGUUAAUCAUUUUCUUUCUGAAGCUUCACGACAAGAUGUCAGAAUUUUGUUGCAGGUAACCAAGAGUUCUCCUGGUCCUCAAUGGAUAUUUCCACAGGUAAGUCCAGACGCCAGCACAUUCUGGAAGAGAGUAAGCCCGGUUUCAAACAGCCCAAGCAGCCCAAAUCAGCCUCAUUCUUUGCGCGAAGCUUUGGCGCAAGCUCAAUCAGCAGGAAGAGGGGCAGGGAUGGCUCUCAAAGAGAGCUUACAUCCAAUGCUGCGACAGAAAUUGGACCUGUGGGAAGAGAAUCUCAGCGCUUCGGUAAUGCUCCAACUUCUCGAAAUUGUUGCGAAAUUUAUGGACGCCGCAUCAAGUCAAGCUAUUGCUACGGAUUAUACCAAGCUUGAUUGUAUCACAAGCAUCAUCAGUGGAUUUCUAGGACGCAGUCAGCCCCUGCCUUUUUGGAAAGCUUUCUUUCCUGUGUUUAACAAUUUGUUUAGUCAAUACGGGGCUACUCUGAUGAGCCGGGAUAAUGAUAGAUUUUUGAAACAAGUUGCGUUCCAUCUUCUGCGACUCGGAGUUUUUCGGAAUGAAAGCAUUCGAAAGCGAGCCGUUGUUGGUCUUCAAAUUCUUAUUCGAACUGCCUUCCAUUAUUUCCAAGGUCUAUCUCGUUUACGUGUGCUGCUCACCAUCACGCUAUCAGAGCUUAUGUCGGACGUUCAAGUGACUCAACAUCGAAUGGAUGGAUCCUUGGAGGAAAGUGGAGAAUCACAGCGUCUUCGCAGAUCCCUGCGACAAAUUGCCCAAGAAAACAUUAGUACAGAUCUUCUUCGUGAAAGUGGACUUCCUGAAGGCACACUCUCAGCAUUGCCAGAUGGAGGAUGUGAGCAGAUCUGGAGCUGGGCUGGUGUUCAUGAACUUUCCAACUCUCUGCUUAAAGCUGUUGAGGCUGCAGUUGGACAUGCUCUCCUGGGCCCAGAAGUCAUGACCGCUGACAAGUAUGCGACUGCAGAGGCAUACUACGGUUUGGCGAGGGCAUACUCCAAUGUACCUGACCUACACAUUAUGUGGCUUCUUUAUCUUUGCGAAGUUCAUCAAGGAAACCAAUCUUACGCAGAAGCUGCUCAAUGUGCAGUUUCUGUUGCAGGUGUUGUCAUGCAGGCUAUAGUAAGUAAAGGAGAUCACAUGUGGGGCAAGGAGCAUGUAGAGGCUCUGCGGAAAAUAUGCCCUAUGCUCACCGGUGCUAGUUUUGGAGAAGCUGCCAGUGCUGAAAUAGAGGGCUAUGGUUCAUCAAAGCUCACUGUAGAAUCAGCCGUGAAGUAUCUUCAGCUUGCUAACAAACUUUUUGUUCAGGGAGAGCUUUUCCAUUUCUGUGCUGAAAUUUUGGAGCUUAUCAUCCCUGUUCAUAAAGCAAGGCGCGCCUACGGACAACUUUCGAAAUGCCACACUUCUCUGACCAGCAUUUAUGAGGCCAUAGUAGAGCAGGAGUCUAGUCCGAUCCCCUUCUCAGAUGCAACUUACUAUCGUGUGGGAUUUUAUGGUGAAAGUUUUGGCAGUCUGAAUGGCAAGGAGUAUGUCUACAGAGAGGCAAGAGAUGUGCGAUUAGGGGAUAUCAUGAGGAACUUAGGUAACAUUUACGAACCUAGAGUUAUCGAGGGAAAACAGUCCUUGCAUAUUAUUCCUGAUUCUCGGCAAGUGAAACCUGAAGACCUUCAUGCAGAGAUCUGCUACAUGCAAAUUACAUCUGUUGAGCCUGUUACUGAGGACGAUAUCUUGGAGAGUAGGCGAGAUAGGCACUCUAGUAAGUCGGUUACAACAGUGAGUGCUCGGGUAUUCAAUCGUUUCCUGUAUGAUACUCCUUUCACGAAAAAUGGCAAGUCACAAGGAGGUCUUGAGGAUCAAUGGAAAAGACGUACUGUGCUAUGGACAGAGGGAUCCUUCCCUGCUCUUGUGAAUCGCUUGACAGUCGUUAAGUCGGAAUCUCGUGAAUUUUCUCCAAUUGAAAAUGCAAUAGGCAUGAUCGAAACCCGCACAGCUGCAUUAGCAGGAGAACUCGAUGACAAUCGAUUAAAUGAAGGUGACCACCCGUCUCGGUUGCAAAGUCUGCAGCGGAUAUUGCAAGGGAGUGUUGCCGUGCAGGUAAACAGUGGCGUGCUUGGGGUAUGUGCUGCUUUCUUCUCUGGAGAACCUUCAACAAGAUUGAGCGCGCAGGAUCUGCAGGAACUCAUGGCAGCACUCAUGGAGUUCAUGGCUGUGUGCAAGAAAGCAUUACGAAUUCAUGCACGUCUCAUAACAGAAGAGGAUCAAGAAUUCCAUUCUCAACUUGUGAUUGGGUUUCAAUCUCUCACAGCGGAGCUGUCACACUUCAUUCCUGCUAUUUUAUCUGGGUUCUGACCUCUGGAACGUGAUUUUGUGUGUUCCCUUAGAUCGGUGUUUGUCCUAGGCUCAUGACAUGGUUGAUAGCUGAAGGAGUUGGUGUUAGUGAUACUUUCUCUUGACUUAUUACUUUGCUUUAGGAGGUGAUAAUCUUGCCUUCAUGAAUUCCUCAUUCUGCUGGUGGUCUGUGCUAGUUUACAUCUUGAAGAAUUGGUGAUGUCAGCAGAUAUUUUACUCUUUCAUUAUGAAGUCGGCCAAAGUCAUAGCUGCCUACGAUUAUACCUGUGCCUGUAGAUUUGAAAAACUACCAGUCUCUUCCUAAUUCUAGUCUCUACAUUACAGGCUGUAUUUAUAGCCUUCAUCUAUUAGUUGACAGGUCCAUGUAGAAUAUGACAUACGGCGGUGCACAAUCACAAGACACGUUGGUGCCAAAAGCAUGCUACCUGAAUGGUUCUCAGGAAUCCUUGGAUGUAAUAUACCAUUCAAGAGUUUAUUUAAUUGUUGCAUGAAAGCUCAUUAUUUCUUUC